AUGCAGUAAAAAUUCAUUAAAUUAAUUAGUACUAAAAAUAGUACUUCUGUUGGAGAAUUAAUAUCAUUUAAAUAGGAUUUAACCAAUUGUUCAAAUAUUAUCAAUAAAGCUUUAAGAAAAGAAUCUUAUUCCACAUAAUCUCCAGAUGCCAAAGUUACAUAAAAAUUCAAAUAAACUUUAAAUGCUAAAAUAGGAACUUAAUAAGAGAAUUCAAAAUCUUAUGCUAGUCUCUUAUUUUCUCUUGGAGAGAGACAAAAGGAUGUUAGAUAAUUAUCUCCAAAAGGAGGUAAUAAGAAAUCAAAAUAGUAAAUUAUUCAUAACUAUUAUAGAUUAUUUGGUUUUAUCAUGCAACCACACCCAAAUUCAAGAAAAUAAUCAGAAAUUUUAAAAUCAGAGGAAUCUCAUAAAUUGAGUUAAGAAUAACUUAAAAUAUCAGAUAAGUAUUCAUAGAUUUUAAAAUAGAAAAAAUACAUUAUAAACUAGUAUUGAUAUCUUUUAAAUUAUGAAGGAAAUGAGAAAUAAGAAAAUUGGAAGUAUUUAUUUAAUAAUUAAAAUAGUCUCCAGUAAAUUAAGUUAAAAAAAAGGGUAGGCUACAACAAGUAGAUAAUUGAUAACUGAAAUAAAAAGUAGCAGAACCAAUAAACCAAGCUUUGAUUGA